AUGUCCUCAAACGUCGGACUCACCACACCCCGCGGAAGCGGAACAUCAGGCUACGUCCAGCGAAACAGCGCCUUCAUAAAACCGCGCUCAACCGGUUCCGGAGCCCCAUACCCACCCAUGAACGGCCCAGACCGAUCCUUCAAGCAACGUGUUCCCGACAAGCAAAUUCUCGAGCAUGACCGCCGGCGCGCGAUCGAAGUAAAGGUCAUGGAGGAACGCGAGCGCCUCGAAGAAGAAAACGAGCGCAUUGAGGAGGAUGCUGCUGCUGCUGAAACCAAAAUCGGAAAGGGAAAGGAAACCGAAAAGGAUAUUGAAGAGGGAGAAGAGGAGAAAGAGCGUGUUCUUUCGGAUGAGGAGAUCGAUGAGCGCUGCGAGAGUUUAAGAAAGAAGUUAUUGGAGGAGUUGGAGAGGGGUGAUGGGAGGGGUGGUGGUAAUGGCUCUGCGCAGAAGGAUAGAAAGAUUAAGUCUUAUGCUGUGCAUGAGCUUGCUGAGGCGAAGAUGAAGGAAAGUGAGAGGUUGAGGAAGGCGCUGGGGAUUCGGGAGGAUAGUUUGACUGGGGAGAUUAGUAGUUCUAGGAGGGGGAGGUCGGAUUAA